AUGGCUUCCACCCAAAUUGCGCAACCUCCGCUGGCUGCAGCCGAUCGCAUCUCACGCCUGCCGAAUGAAUUGAUUCUAGGAAUCUUCGAGAAUCUCGGUGACGACCAGGAUCUGAGGAGCAUCAUCCUGACUUCUCGAAAAUUCCACCACCUCGCCAAUGACCACCUGCUGAAGCAGAACGCUCUGGGAUCAGGAACCAUACUACGAUGGGCCUGUGCCGCUGGCCACCUUUCUUUGGUGAAGAGCUUGCUGGACCAUGGCGCCGACAUCAACCAGACCUGGCCGGGCGACGAACUGCCGGCAGGUACCAAAGAGUUACCGCGUGUCCCUAACUCCGCGAAUACCAAGCUCACUCCUCUCGUAACUGCCAUAAUUGCGCAGCAAGUGAAGGUUGUGACGGUCCUUAUUUCGCGUGGAGCCGAUCCGGACGCUCACUCUGAAUAUAUUUGGGAUGAACACCCACUCAACAUUGCUGUUCUUGGCAACGCAAUGAUUGAUUCCGAAGUCAUGUCUUUCGCCAACCGCAGAGCCAUUAUCGAUUUGCUCCUACCCAAGCCUCGUCCAGAGGAAGGCCAGUCCUCGCCCGACAGGGAAUCUCCGAUCUAUACGUCUUUGAUUAGGGAAGACGCACCCUUCGACACCUUUCAACACGUCGUUCACCGCAUUCAAGACUUAGGUAUCAGCCGUCUUGCCUUCUCCAAUUAUGAUAUGAACUUAUUCUUCGAAUAUCAAUAUCACAAUGAACUCACGGAUGAUAUUAAGCAAAAGCUCCGCCUGCUCUCAAGAUGUGGCGUCUGGGGAGAGUUGCUUGACUCUUGUAUCCCUCCAAUGAGCUAUCAUUUGUGUGAUGAAAUCACCGACGAGGAUGUCGAACUAGCCAAGAUCUUCAUCUCUGGCGGCGCUCCUAUUAACGCAUCGCUUUCCUUGGUCCUAGAGUGCCUAGAGUCAUGGGCUGCGCAGGAACAAGCGGAGGGGCACCCAAGCGGGCCUCUUCAAUUUGAGGAUAAUGGACUCGCCACCGCGCGUUUCUAUCAGAUCCUCGAACUUCUCCUCGAUGAAGGGGCCUCUCCUAAUCGCAAAGACGCGAAACAUAAUAUGCGAAAUGAGACCCCUUUAUGCAGAAUUCUGGCUCUGGAGGGUCCUUUCCUCAAGACUGGGAAGCUGGUCCGGCUUUUUUUGUCUCAUGGAGCCUCACCUUCACAGGUUGGCAAGGAAGGUAACGUCACGCCCCUGCAUAUCGCGUGUGACCUCAAGCUCCUUUCCCAGACGAGAUAUUUACUGCAGGCUACGUCCCCUGACCACAUUGAUGUGCGUGAUUCAAAGCAUCGAACACCCUUUCACUAUCUUUGUGGCGCCACGAGAACGCCACGCCAGAACGAGCCCGAGGGAAAGAUGGUUGCGCGGAAACGAAUAUGUAUUGCCAAACUUCUUGUGGGACAUGGAGCAUGCAAGACAGCGACUGAUAUUUGGGAUAAGACUCCCUUAUAUUACGCCCAACACCAUGUGAGCAAGGAGUUUCACGACUACUUGGUACGGCUCAAGUGA